AUGGGAGAGAUAUCUAUCUCAAAAGCUGGUUUCGAAGUGUCGGUUUCCUUUGGUAGGUUUGAGAAUGAUUCACUGUCUUGGGAGAAAUGGUUGUCUUUCUCGCCCAACAAGUAUUUGGAAAAAGUUGAGAAGUGCGCAGCACCCGGAUCAGUGGCAAAGAAGGCGGCCUACUUCGAAGCCCAUUACAAGAAGAUUGUUGUUCACAGAGCUGUAAUAAUAGAUUAAAAAAAGCAAAUGGAAGACGAUUCCUUGAGGUCAGAGAACCAACAUGGCGGAGAUCUGGACGGUAAUGUUAGUGGUGCUGGUUCUGAAUCUGAUAUAUCUAAUAGCCACAACUUGGCAGAAGUUGUUAUGCAAGAAACUAACUUGAUUAGUGAGGUCUUUAGCACCCAUGUCGAUGAUCUGAAGGAGGAUGCUGCAACUAGUAUAGAAUGUCAAAGGUUAGUAUCUGAGGGAGUGAGAGAUGAACUUGAUAGCAGAUUAGAUAGCCCCAAGUCAAGAAAACCAGAAAACUCUGUUUUGGUAAAAGAGGAAGAAGAAGAAGAGGGAACUAAUUCGGUUGAAUCUCAAGACAUGAACCCAAUUUCGCACAAAUGUUGGUUUUUACAAGUUACUUCAGCAAAUAGGGAGAGAGAUGUGACAAGGGUAAAGAAGAAAGUAGGAUUGCUUGUACCUAAAGCAUCACAUAUUUCCACCCCUAAAGUGUCAAAGCCUUCACCAACUUUCACUGCAUUAUCUGCGUCACGACCUUCAACAAAGAAGGGAAAUUAUUCAUCUUUACCAAGGAACAAAAAUCCUUCUAUUCAGGAAAGAAAGUUUGCUCCUACAUCUCUACACAUGUCCCUUAGCUUGGAUCUUACAAAUUCUGAUCCAACUUCACUUCAUAUGACUAGAAAAUCCUUCAUUAUGGAGAAAAUGGGAGAUAAGGACAUUGUCAAAAGAGCAUUUAAGACAUUUCAGAAAAGUAUAAACCAAUCGACAUCUACUAGAGAGAGAUCUUCUGUACCAAAACAAAUUUCAAAGAAAUUAAAGGAAAAACCAAAUGUCAAAGAGGCAGCAAGGACUGGCCUUCAAUCGAAAUCAAAGGUACACUUGAUUUAUAAUGAGUUCUCUUUAGAUACAGCAUGUAAUCUGUAA